UUUUGAAUGGACGUUUGAACCCCGGAUUUCCAUUGGCGCCCCUCCCGAUGUCGGCCAAUCGAACGGCUCACUCUCUCCCCAGACACGCCAGAGUGACGCCUGCCGUCACAGCGGUCCCACUGAUCGGUUGGCGAGCAACCAGAAAAUUACAGCACCCCUGUGAAGCCUACCCGAGGCCCGAUGCUAUAUAAUGGAAACGAGUUGGUGCCCGUGUAAGAGAGAAAUCCCUCAGAAGAAUUUGAUGCUUCAUGUUUUUGCUGCUGUACCCUCGUCCUACUUGCCUUUGACUGACUUUUGAAUCCUGCCGAUUUAACAGCCAUGAGGGGACCACGCCCGCUUGGCGUUGUGAUUAAGCUGGGAACCAGCUCUAUCGUCGACGAAAAGACCCAUGAGCCUCUCCUCUCCAUCCUGACGUCGAUAGUGGAAACGGCUGUGAAACUGAGAAAAGAUGGACACAAGGUCAUCAUCGUCUCGUCUGGAGCUAUUGGUGUUGGGCUGCGGCGAAUGGAUGUCGACAAGAGACCAAAACACAUCUCAAAGCUACAAGCCCUUGCAGCCAUCGGCCAAUGCCGGUUGAUGAGUCUCUGGGACAGCUUGUUCACCCAUCUCAUGCAGCCCAUUGCCCAGAUCCUCCUGACACGAAGUGAUAUUGCCGAUAGGUCACGGUAUCUCAAUGCUCAGAGGACCAUCAACGAGCUCUUAGACAUGGGUGUCAUCCCUAUUGUCAACGAGAACGACACCCUGGCCGUGUCAGAAAUCAAGUUUGGCGACAACGACACACUCUCGGCCAUCACAGCCGCCAUGGUCCACGCCGAUCUUCUCUUCCUCAUGACCGACGUCGAUGCUCUGUACGAUAAGAAUCCGCGGACCCACCCUGACGCCCACCCUAUUGAAGUGGUCGAAGACAUCGGGGCGCUGGUAGCAGACGUCUCAUCCGCAGGUUCCUCCCUCGGCACGGGUGGCAUGUCCACCAAGAUCGUCGCCGCCCGCCUAGCAACCUCAGCCGGCGUCACAACCGUCAUCACACGGUCCUCCAUCCCCGGCAACAUCGUCAAGAUCGUGAAACACAUCCAAGCCAGCCGCUCCCCGCCCUCCCUCGCCACCAAAGCCAACCAAGCCCCCGGCACGCCAGGCGGUCCCCUCUCCCGCACGCAAAGCACCGACGCCCUCCUCAACUCGGCCGCCGCCGCCACCCAGCCAGGAUCCCCCCACGCCGACACACCAUCAGCCGACCGCAGCCUCACCUCCACCCCCAUCCCCGGCCCGCCAAGCAACAAGAUCCCGCUGCACACGCGGUUCCUGCCGUCGCCGCACCCGGUGCGCGACCGCUACUUCUGGAUCCUGCACGGCCUGCGCCCGCACGGCACGCUGUACAUCGACCAGGGCGCCUACAAGGCGCUGGUCGGCAAGGCCGGGCUGUUGCCGGUGGGUGUCGUUGAUGUGGAGGGGUCGUUUGCGCAGCAGGAGGCUGUGAGGCUUUGUGUGGUGGAUAGGAGGCGGAGGAGGGGGAAGAAGACGACGGGGGAGAAGCUGCUGCUGCAGUCGUCGCCUGGGCAGGGGGUGGGGAAUGUUUUGGUUGAGGGGGAGGGUGGUGGUGGUGGUGGUGGUGGUGGUGGUGGUGGUGGUGGUGAUGAGGGUGAGGAUGGGGAGGGGGAUGGGGGGAAGUUGUGGGAGGGUGAGGCGCGCGAGGUGGGAAGGGCGUUGAGUAAUUACUCGAGCGCGGAGAUUGCGCGGAUCAAGGGGCGGCAGAGCGUGGAGGUGGAGGGGAUCCUGGGGUAUGCGGACAGCGAGUAUGUGGCGCACCGGGAGAGUAUCAGCUUCUUUGCUUCGGUGCGGGAGAGCAGGCCGGUGACGCCGGUGAGGGAGGUGGUGGAUGGGAAAGGGAUUGGGGGGUAUGAGGGGGAGGGGGCAGUCUUGUAA